AUGGUGACCCGGAUUAAUUUAUUUGUUCACCGUAACCGGAGUUCAUUGGGCUUACUCGGUCCCUUGUUUCAGUCAUCUCCUUGGAAUAUUGAUCGACAUGUCACUUCCUACAUCGAAACUGCCUUUGUUGACAACGGAGAUUCAUGUGACCUAUUAGCGUGGCAUUGUUACGAGCGACUUCAAAUCGAGGUCAUCGUGCUGAACAAUAUCUGUUCAUAUCUAUUACAUUCUGUUCCUAUUUAUUUUAUUUUAUUUCUAUCCAUAUGCCUGUUCUUAUCUAUCUAUCUAUCUAUCUAUCUAUCUAUCUAUCUAUCUAUCUCGAUAGAUACUUCAGUUUGUUUCUUUCUUUCUUUGUUAACUGUUAUCUAUUCUAUUUAUAUCCAGCGAUCUAUCAAGCGAUAUAGUUCUGCCCAAAAUACGCAAUAUGUCUUUCCGAUCUGCCCUCUGAUACCCGAUGCAAUCUAUCGAUCCAGGCUCUCAUAUUUAUUGGUUCGUCGCUCCAUCAAUCAGUCUUUGAAAUAG